CCCAGUGAAUACAGGUAAUAUAUAGCUUGGAUAGCCUGGGAUUAAUAGCGAACUGUAUUUUGGCUCGUGAUUGGCCAGAGAGCGCAAAAAGUGGUUGGAGCUCCAGGUAUAGGCAUGUUCCAUUAAUGGCCAGACUCCCUUUGGCAUACACGGCACUGUACCGGAGAGAACGCGAGCGCCGCGCCGCGGCCGAAAAGGACUCGAGAAAUUUGGACGUCAUUCUCCAGCCGAGUUCGUUCUCAUUACUUCUCCUCCGUGCCCGUACUGGAUGGCAGGUGCGUCUUUGUCUGAAUGUGCACAUGUGUUGCGUCCCGUAGUUUGUGCUAUUUUGUUUUUCGUACACCAUUUACAAGGAGCAAUGUACGCUUACGUCCGGUACGUUGAAGACGACGUAAAGGGAAUAAUGCCUGUUUCCCUGAUCAAAAGCUUCAACCCGCAAAGUUGUGACGUCUUUGACCGAAACAUCAAGAAGGCUUUUUGGCAGUCUCAGUCUGGAGCUGUUAAGGGCUUCUACGACGCAAAAGUCUUGCUACUUGGAGAGUCCAAAGAGGCCCUCAUAACGAACAUGGUCAGCAGGCGUAUGGCUAUACCUGAAAUAUUUGAGCCCACAGAUACGGACACGAGUGAUGGUGCUGCGUCAGUUGUGAAGACAAACGGUCUUGAAAACGGUCAAGGCAAGAAAAUGGAAACACGAAAGAAGCAAGCACCGAAGCCAGAAACACGCACAUUUAGCAGGAAGGAGGUCCAUGGCAGCAUGGCAAGCAAUCAUAUGGUUCUACCUGAAACAGUUGAACCUGCAGUUGCGGCCACAGAUGAUGAGGCUGCGUCAGUCGUGAGGUCAGGCGGUCCCAAAAAUGGCGGAGACAAGAAAAUGGAAGCAGGAAAGGGGCAAACAGAUAAACAAGGAAGACAGAGCAGAAAGGAGGUGCAUGACAGUGAGACAGUGCCAAGAAAGAGGUUUCUGCUUGACAGGGAGAUGAGGCAAAAAUUGGAAGAGGAAAACCAAAGCCUCAAAAAGGAGCUCACCGCAGAAAGGCAGCUUUGUAGGAAGCUACAAGAGCCGCUGCUCGAAAAGCAUGCAUUGCAGGUUGAAGAGGCCACCACAGCUCCACGUAGUAUAACCCCUCCAGGAUCAUUAGUUUUGUUGCCUUCGAGAGAGGGCAGCAAGAUGUCAAAUGUAAUAAUUAUUGCCCACUCUUUUAGUGUUGAGAAACCACCACAGUCUGCAUGCUCCGGCGGAUCCGUGAGCGUGACCAUUGUGUCGACCGACUCGAACAACUUGCCAGAUCCAUACCCAGUCCCUUUGGAUGGUGAUCCUUCUUCCAGUCCAGUACCAAACUCGCUGGCAAAUAGUAGACCCAGGAGCCCCAGUGUUCACGGCUCCCUGACCCCAUGUGACGCUCCUACUAGCCCAACAUGUGAACCCAUGGCAGCAUGUCCAUCUAACGCAUCAAGUGGCUCCAGCAGGCUCCAACAGCUCCCCAUAGAGCCCAUAGUUUGAGAUAAUUCACACAACACUGAGCACCCGACCAAUGAAAUUGCGACGUGGUGGAUAUUAUGCACAACCAGUCGGCCAAUCAGGAGCUUCCAUGUCUGGCUGGCUUUUCGGUCGGUCCUGGCUACCAUCGACUUCUACUGGAUUUCAGGCCUGCCGCCGUUACUCGGUAUUCAAAAUAACUAAAGCGAUUUUGGAGUAAAUUAAAGAUUUAUUUGAUACAAAGCACUAAUUCAAAGAUCUGAUACAUGGGUGCACUGUGCGUACAAAGCCCACUGCGUUGCUGACACACUGGGGCAAAGUUCGAACAUGAUACAGAACGAACACACCGUUCAACUCCUAAUACCGAGCCAGUCUCAUGAGUGCGUACCAUUUCAAGAUGAGCAUCUUCUUUCGCUGCCUGCGGUGCAUCCAUCAUAGCGAAGCGAGAAGCGCUUCUGUGGCACGUAAUCCUGUCUUUGUUGAUA